GGCUGGACAAGGACAACCCCCUCCCUCUCUCUCCCCUUCUACAUCUUCUUCUUCUUCUUCUUCUACCUCCUUCCCCACUGCACUCUCUCGCCACCCGCUGCAGCCUCCUCCCUACGGCAUCCACCGGUCACCGGGUUAUUAGCUAGCUACUUACCAUGCAGCAGAGCAGCAUGGAUUUGGUGUCGCCGUCCGAGCACCUGUGCUACGUGCGCUGCACCUACUGCAACACCGUGCUCGCGGUUGGAGUUCCAUGCAAGAGGCUGAUGGACACCGUGACUGUGAAAUGCGGCCACUGCAACAACCUCUCCUUCCUCAGCCCGCGGCCGCCGCCCAUGGUGCAGCCGCUGUCCCCAAAUGAUCACCACCACCCCAUGGGGCCGUUCCAGGGAUGCACUGACUGCAGGAGGAACCAGCCGCUGCCACCGCUGGCCUCGCCGACAUCAAGUGAUGCCAGUCCCAGGGCUCCCUUUGUUGUGAAGCCCCCGGAGAAGAAACACCGCCUUCCAUCUGCUUACAAUCGCUUCAUGAGGGAGGAAAUACAGCGUAUCAAAGCUGCGAAGCCAGAUAUCCCUCACAGAGAGGCAUUCAGCAUGGCUGCUAAGAACUGGGCCAAGUGCGACCCUCGCUGCUCAUCGGCUGUUUCUGCUUCCAACAGCACCUCGGAGCCCAGAUCAGUAGUAGUGCCCAGUCCGCAGCUGCAGGAGAGGUCCAACGAGCAAGUCGUUGAGAGCUUUGACAUCUUCAAGCAGAUGGAGCGCAGCGGCUAGGCGGCAUUCAUGAUGCCGGGAUCAGUAUUACAUCAAUCGAUCACUUAUCAGCUAGCUCAUCAUCAUCCUCCGUCGCUAUGCAUAUAUAAUGCAUGUGCGCGCGUUUUGUGUUUAGUUACUCUCCGUCGUUGCUCUGCUGCUGCUACCGUUAAUUAAGUUGCUGGUGUUGUAUGUUAUAUUUGUUUGUUGGAGUGUAUGUGCGUACCCUUUUAAUUAUGAACAGCUUCUACCUUAAUAUAUCUUCCAUCUCCUAAUUCCCUA